UUAAGGACUAUUUAGAAAAGCUAGACAUGCACAUUUCCAUGGAGCUAGAUCUAAUGUAUCUGAGGCUGCUAAGAGAGUUAGCUGAUGUGAUUGCAGAGCCAUUGGCCAUUAUCUUCAAAAGCUCAUGACACCCAAGGGAUGUCCUGGACGACUGGAAAAAGGCAAAUGUGCCUAUCUUUACAAAAGAAAAGAAGGGGAAUCUGUGGAACUACAGAUCAGUUAGCCUCAUCUCAGUCCCUAGAAAAAUCAUGGAGCAGGACUUCAAGGAAUCCAUUUUAAAACUCUUGGAGGAAAGGAAGAUGAUCAGGAAUAGGCAGCAUAAAUUCAGUAGCAAAUCAUGCCUGACCAACCUGAUUCUCUUCUAUAAUGAGGUAACUGGCUCUGUGUAUAUAGGAGAAAGCAGUGGAUGUGAUAUACCUUGACUUUAGCAAAGCUUUGGAUACAGUCUCCCACAGUAUUCCUGCCAGCAAGUUAAAGAAGGAUGACACGGAUGAAUGGACUAUAAUGAGGACAGAAAGUUGGUUAGAUCGUUGGGUUCAGUGGGUAGGGAUCAAUGGCUCAGUGUCUACUUGGUAGCUGGUGUCAAGCGCAAUGCCCCGGGGGCUGGUCCUGGGAGGCUGAUUUUGUUCAAUAUCUUCAUUAAUCAUCUGAAUUAUGGGAUGGAUUGUACCCUUAACAAGUUUGUGGUUGACACUAAGAUAUGAGGAGAGAUAGAUAUGCUGGACGGUAGGGAUAGGGUCCAGAGUGAUCUAGACAAAUUGGAGGAUUGGGCCAAAAGAAAUCUGAUGAGGUUCAACAAGGACAAGAGCAGAGUCCUGCACUUGGGCAGAAGAAUCCCAUACAUUACUACAGGCUGGGGCCCGACUAGCUAAGCAGCAAUUUGGCAGAAAAGGAUCUGGGAAUUACAGUGGAUAAGAAGCUGGAUAUAAGUCAACGGUGUGCCCUUUUAGCCAUGAAGGCUAAUGGAAUAUUGAGCUGCGUUGAUAGGAACAUUGCCAAUGACAGCAGAUCGAGGGAAGUGAUUAUUCCCCUCUAUGUGGCAUUCGUGAGGCCAUGUCUGAAGUAUUAUAUCCAGUUUUGGGGCCCCUUCUACAGAGACCAUGUGGACAAUUUGGAGAGCAUUCAGACGAGGACAACAAAAAUAAUUAGGGGACUAGAGCACAUGACUUAUGAGGAGAGGCUGAGGGAAGAAGGAUUAUUUAGUCUGCAGAAGAAAAAAGUGAGAGGGGGUUUGGUAGCAGCCUUAAAAUACCGAAAGGAGGAUUCUGAAGAGGAUGGAAGUUGGCUAAUCUCCAUGAUAACAGACCAAAUUGAAUCUAAUGGAUCUCUCCACAUACCAAGUAGUUUACAUUCUGAAAAGUGGGAGUCUGGAAAAAAUCCUACAUCUUUGGAAAGUUCUCAGAAAUAUCAUCUCAGCCAGGAUCAGGAAGAAUCCAAUACACUUAGAUGGAGUCAGAAAGACAAAGGGACUGUUUCAAGAAAUCAUGAAAAAGAGAUCGUUGAACAAGCUGAGAACGAGACUCAAGAAAAUCGUAUUCCCCCUGGAAGAAAAGGUGCAAAUAUGGAAAACAGAGACAAUCUAAAUGCUAUCAGGAUGGGAAGAAACACUACAAGGGAUUCUGGAAUUCCAGAAUCAUUGGAAGAUGGAGACAUGGACUAUUUGCACAAUAAAAAAAGCCCUCAGCAGCAUCAAAUUAGAGCAUCUUUGACUGAUACUGAUGUCAAACAGGAUGUUAAGACAGAUCAGAAUAACGUGAAUCAUCUUGAGUAUUCAAGUCAAUACAUUUCUCCUCCUGCUCCACCUCUGCUGGCUCUUUCUGUAAACAGAAUUCAAGUUCCCAUAUUUCAAACAGAGACAAGCAAGAUGGCUGAACAGCUGAAACAAAUGAAGGCUGAAAGACGGCACAUGGAAAGAACUAGAGAGGAACUGGUUAAGAAAGUCAGAGGUUUGCUUGAACAAAAUAAGCUGAGGAGAUAUCAGGCAGUGCUGCGUUUGUCCUGUAUAGCUCGUGAUGCAUGGAAAAAGAAAUACUUUGAAACUAAGAAAGCUACAGCUUCAUUAGAGGAUAUUUUAAAUAAACUGCGACAAGAUUUAGAGCUUUACUACCAACAGCUACUGUUGAAGCUGGAAGCCAGAGAUGUCAGGAAACGACCAAACAAUUUAACUCACAUUGCAAACACCAAGAACACCACGAUCAUCCAGGUUACAACAGUGCAGCAUGAAAUUGAUCAACUGAAGCAAAAGCUGGAUAAUACAAAAAUGAAACUCAUAAUAGAAAUUAAGAUGAGAAAGCAGGCAACCUCUGAUUUACGAGCAUUGAGAGCAGAGCUGGCCCAGAAGAAAAUUCAGUCAUCUUUAAUACUCCAGUCAGAAACACCAACAUUUUAGAAGGAUAACAUAACUUGUGAUUCCAUAAUAUAUUGUUUAGAAGCUCAACAUGUCACUUCACUGUAUUUGUUUGUAUGUUCCUAGUCAACAGUCUUUUCAACAUGUACUAUAUGAGAACUGUAUUUCUUAAUUUUAAAUGCCCUAAAAUCUCAAUUUUCUUAUUGUAACUAAUUCAAUUACACUUAUAAGGCAUGCAAUUUAACCUAUUAGUGUGGUUAUUUUUGACUAACAGCUAAUCAAAGAAAUCACAUUAUAUUUCAAAUAGUGAAUUACCAUAAUGACAGUUUUAUAUAUUGAAGAUCAAUAUGCAAUUAUAAUUUGAAUUCAACCCAUAAUUGUAAAUAAAAGUGUUUUGGGAGGUUUAUUGAGGCACAUAUUGCUUAGUUUAACCCAUAAAUAAAACAGCAAUUUUUACAGAACUAGGGCAGCAAAAAUCUGGUUUCAGAUAUCUAGUUCAUUGUGCUUUCAAAUCCAAACACUGUAAAUAUACCUAUUUCUAAGUUAUCAUAUCAAUUAGUCUACCAUUACACAAAAUAAGAAAAAUACCCAAAAUUGUAAAUUUGCUUCCUCUUUUAUAGUUACUUUCCUUCUCUUAAGCGUAGAUGCAUCAACAGUUAAGUGCUUCUGUCCUAGUCAUGAGGUUGUAAAUAUAAUCAAAGUCUGACUUACAUGAAAGACCAUUAUAAACUUAAAAAAGCAACAAAUAGUCUGGUAGCACUAACAAAACAUUUAGAUGGUAUCAUGAGCUGUCGUGGGCACAGCCCACUUCUUCAAAUGACCGUGUAAACAUGUACAGAACAUGUAAAGCAUAUUAUAUUUACUAACCAAGUUCAGAGUGGAGGCAACAGGCAUGUAUGUUCCAGAGUGGAGUCUCAAAACUCUGGAAAGGAUGUAGUACCGCCUCCAUGUUAAAUUUUUCCAUGCUCUCCUGCUUUCGCUCAAUUCCAAAUGAUAUUAGCUCAAGCAACACAAUAAAAUACAAGAGAUUAAUGUGAAGUGGCUACAAAACUGACAAGGAUAUACUAUUUAUUGCAAGUGACAAACAGAUUGGACAUUAGUAAUAGGAUGUGAAAGUUCUUGCAAAGGAGAAAGUCUUAAUCUUGUGAACCAACCUGUCUCUAAUCCUUCCAAUAAGGCCUUCCCUACAAAUGAACCAAACAACUACAACCCUACUGCACUUCAAGGCCCUGAAUCUUAUGAACCUAAAUUGUAUUGUCUGGGACCAAUUUAAAUUUCAAACUCCAGAAGGAAGCGAUUGUUUCUUUUCCAUUUACACAGCAUGAAAAACAGGAAGGGUGCGUCUAGACUGGUAAGAUUUUGCACAAAAGCAGCCGCUUUUGCGCAAAAUCU